AUACGACAACGAGUUAUAUAAUCCGUGGAGCAACAGAGCAACACCCAAAACACACACACACAUACACACUCACAUCUAUCUAUCUAUCUAUCUAACCUAACACGCCUAUUAUCACACCUAUAAAAAUACAAGAAGGAGAAAGAAGAAAAACAAGAGUCUUGCACUCAACUCAACUCAAAACUCAAAACACUAUCACCGCCCAUGUCGCGACGUAGUUCGAUCGUAUCUGACGACAACAGAAAAUCACGAAGUAGACCAACCUCGCAGCAAAGCCGUAAAUCUUCUCACUCCCAGUCGCGUCCUUCACACUCAUCUUCCCAUACCAAGUCCCAGCAACAGAAAACCGCAAGCUCACACGCGCAUCACCCUUCUCCUCUCAAAAUGGUCACCACCACAUCAACCACGUCACAUCACCCCGAUGACGAGACGUUACACUACUACCUACCCGACACGGACGCCCGAGAGGUGGAACUGCAAAAACAGGGCUGGAUGGAACCUAUAGUUAUAGAUGAUGACGACAUAAUGUUCGGCGGAAAGAGCUUGAGUGCAUGGUACGAAGAGGAAAGACAGUCGCUUAGCUCCCCAGCCGAGGAGGAGCGGCGAGGUCGCCAACGGGUGCGACAACAUCACUCUCACCCGCAUCAUAAAAACCAUCACCACCACCACCAACAGCAUCAUCGCCACCAAUCGAAUUCCACUACGAGUACGGGGAGUCAGGAGCAGAACAAGCAUUAAACGGCGGAAAGAUGGAACGUGGAAGAAGAUUGGGGAUUGUCGAGCAAUCCUCAUCCCCCCCUUUUUAAGAUACCCCAACACAGCAUUUUGCAUUUGCAUCACCGUGAACAAAAAACCGGCGGCUGUAUAAUUGAUCUUUUUUUCCGCACGCACGCGUCGCGAAGCAACGAAUCUUCUUA